CAUUUGUUUAAAUGUAGAAGAGGAAAUGAUUGAGAAAGAAAAAGAAAAAGAAAUUUUGGAUUAGAGGUGAUGAGUUUUUCAAUUACUAUUGUUGUAAAGUUAUUGGUAAUUUGUUUAAAAAAAGUUAUGGGUAAUUUAUUUUAUAAUCAUUGUUUCACUUGUAAUUGUUUUUUACAAAUUUGGGAAGAGACAAGAGGGGCUUUCAACAAAGAGGUCCAAAAAGUCUACUGUGACCAGUGCCCUGAAUUGCAAUACCAAUGAAGUCUCUGAUAGUGAGAGAUGCUCUGGUGGUCUACCGUGACCAUGUCCAAGCAAUAAAAUCUGGUUUGGCAUCAAGCAUUUUCACCUGUAAUCAACUCAUUCACCUUUAUUCCAUACACGGCCUUUUGCAAGAGGCCCACAAACUGUUCGAUAAAAUGCCCCACCGGAAUGCAUUCUCUUGGAAUGCCAUUAUCAUGGCAUAUAUAAAGGCACACAACUUGACACAAGCACGAGCUCUAUUUGACUCUGCCUCUCACAGAGAUUUGGUUUCUUAUAAUUCCAUGUUGUCAGCUUAUGCUGGGGCUGACGGGUGCGACACCGUGGCACUUGAUUUGUUUGCUAGAAUGCAAUCUGCAAGGGACACAAUUGGGAUGGAUGAGAUCACACUCACAACCAUGCUUAACCUUUCGGCUAAACUACGUGUGGUGUGUUAUGGGAAGCAGAUGCAUUCAUAUAUGGUGAAAACUGCAAAUGAUUUAAGCAAGUUUGCAUUGAGUUCUCUCAUUGACAUGUACUCUAAAUGUGGCUCGUUUCGUGAAGCAUACAAUGUGUUUAGUGGCUGUGAUGGGGUGGUGGACUUGGUUUCAAAGAAUGCAAUGGUUGCAGCUUGUUGUAGGGACGGAAAGAUGGACAUGGCUUUGAAUGUAUUUUGGAAAAAUCCUGAAUUUAAUGAUACUGUGUCUUGGAAUACUUUGAUUGCAGGAUAUGUCCAGAAUGGCUAUAUGGAGAGAGCACUUACCUUAUUUAUUGAGAUGAUUGAAAAGGGUAUUGAGUACAAUCAACACACUUUAGCAAGUGUUUUGAGUGCCUGCACCGGUCUAAAAUGUUUGAAACUUGGCAAGUGUGUCCAUGCCUUGGUAUUGAAAAAUGAUGGCUGUUCAAAUCAAUUUGUUAGCAGUGGCAUUGUUGACUUCUACUGUAAGUGUGGGAAUAUGAGGUAUGCAGAGUCCGUGUAUGCAGGAAUUGGGAUUAAAAGUCCAUUUGCAACUUCUUCUUUGAUUGCAGGCUAUUCAUCUAAAGGCAACAUGACAAAAGCAAAAAGGCUUUUUGAUUCACUGUCGGAAAGAAACUAUGUUGUCUGGACCGCUCUAUGUUCUGGCUAUGUCAAAUCACAACAAUGUGAGGCAGUCUUCAAACUAUUCCGAGAGUUCAGAACUACAGAGGCACUAAUUCCUGAUACAAUGAUCAUCGUCAAUGUUCUUGGUGCCUGUGCAAUACAAGCUACCCUUAGUUUGGGAAAGCAGACCCAUGCUUACAUCUUGAGGACUAAGCUUAAUAUGGAUGAAAAAUUGGCGAGUGCUUUGGUUGAUAUGUACUCAAAAUGCGGUAAUAUCGCAUACGCUGAGAAAAGCUUCCAACUAGUGACUGAUAGUGAUAGGGAUGUCAUCUUAUAUAAUGUCAUGAUAGCUGGUUAUGCUCAUCAUGGUUUUGAAAAUAAAGCUAUUCAGCUUUUCCAGGAAAUGUUGAAGAUAAGUCUCAAACCAGAUGCAAUCACUUUCGUAGCACUUCUAUCAGCUUGUCGACAUCGUGGAUUAGUUGAACUAGGAGAGAAAUUCUUUAUGUCCAUGAAAGAAGAUUACAAUGUAUUGCCCGAGAUUUACCACUACGCAUGCAUGGUUGAUAUGUAUGGUAGGGGUAAUCAACUAGAAAAAGCUGUAGAAUUUAUGAGGAAGAUUCCUAUACAGAUAGAUGCUACAAUCUGGGGAGCAUUUCUUAAUGCUUGUAAGAUAAACAACAAUACAACACUUGUCAAACAGGCAGAAGAGGAACUGUUAAAAGUUGAAGCAGAUAAUGGGUCUCGGUAUGUGCAGUUGGCCAAUGUCUAUGCCGCUGAGGGGAAAUGGAAUGAGAUGGGAAGAAUAAGAAAAGAAAUGAGAGGUAAGGAGGCUACAAAGCUUCCUGGUUGCAGUUGGAUAUAUGUAGAAAAUGGUAUUCAUGUAUUUACUUCUGGUGAUACAUCUCAUUCAAAAGCAGAUGCAAUAUAUUCAACAUUGGUAUGCUUGUAUGGGAAACUGUAUUUAACUUUCACAGAACUGAAGCAACUUGAUGAAAUUCAGGGUAAUAUUGUUGCGGACAUAUUUUGAUUGUAAAUUAGUUAAUGGGACUAAAAAGUGGAUGCUUUGAAUCAUUUACAAGAAAAAAAUUUGUUUGCCAUGUGGGAAUCACAAGAUCACCCUCCAAUCCAUAUAGACACCACUUCAGCAACGAAUAUGUAGCCCAUCAGUGUUCGAUUAUUACAAUGAUAAUGAUUGGAUAGCUUCACUUUAAGACAGUUUAAAGGAGCAGAGACUCCUUCAGCUUUACGCCAAUCAAAUUUAGUUCCUCAUCUGGCUAUCCAGAUGAAGACACUUUACUACUUUAGCAAUGAUGAUAAAUUACUAGGACGCAUGCAAACUUCAAUGGGGACGCGUGUUGCUGAGCAUAUUCCUUUCAUCCUUUGGAAGUGGAGGUUUAAUAGAUUAUAGAUUAUGAGAAGGCACAUAUUCAAGAGUCAAGACAGAAGAAGUGUCCAAACAGUGUCUCAUAUUUGGUGACAUAUGGAACAGAAAGAAGGAUUAAUGCUCAGUAAUUAUGGAAGUUUGGGGUGAAUCCAGCCUUAAGCAUGUUGGUGCUACUGUUGGGCGAUCUCAAACAUUCGGGUGGCAACAUGGGAGCAUGCCCUGAAUUCUUAAGAUGGGUUUGGUUUUCAAGCAUGGGAGGAGCUAGAAGGAAAUCAGCUCCUUAAUUUUCCGCUGAUGUUGGUGGAAAUUCUCACUUUGGUGUUGCUGCUGCUUUAAUACAUUCUGCAUGUAUAUAAAGUUCGUAUACCAUCAACAGUGUCAAGCUGGAGGUAGAUCCUUCAUCCUUCUAGGGAAGCACUAUCAGUUGGAGGAUAAACUCCAUGCGUACCAUGACAUACAGAAAGAGUUCACCCUUCAGCUUGUGCAGUUGUUGGGGUGUCUUCAUGAUACAUGUUUCUGACGGAUAUUUGCAUUGGUCCAUUGAGAUUAUGUAUAUACCCUUGGCUUUUUAUGUUUAUCGUCAGUUAAUAAUUCAGUGUCAUAUAUCUAUUGCUUUAAUCAGUUUAUAAUGUCGUGCAUAAUGUGAUUUAAA